UGCAGAGUGUGUGAGUCGUGAGGCAGCCAGCGAGCUUGUGCGUUGUGCACCGUAGGAAUCUGCGCGACCGACUCUUGAGGCGUUUAAAUCGGAGACACCGGCAGACCAACUGGGGUGCAGGCAGCCCGCCGCCCUGACACCGCCGAGACUGACGCUCCCUCUCCCGGACUGACAGGCCAAUCGCAGGCCACCGCUCGCCCUCCCUCCAUACACAGCGCUCUCUCUCUCUCCCUCUCUCUCUCUCACUCACUCACACUCCCUCCUCCUCCUCUUCUUUCUCUCUCUCUCUCUCUCACUCUGGUUUUCAUUCCUUUGCGUUCAAUCCGUGCAUCCCCUCCUCCUCCACCUCCACCUCCUCCUCCUCCUCCUCCUCCUCACACCUUUUGGUCAGAAGAGGAAGAGGAAGCCCAGCCCAGGGAGAGACGCUGAGAGGAUGAAACUCUGACACGCCGACAGACCACAGGGAAACAAGAGCACAACUAUAAUUGCUAGAAGGAAGCGCCUAGGAAGGUCAGCCAAGAAUCCCGCCGUAGGUGCCAAAGUGAAAUCUACAGGACUACAAUUACUUGGACAGACUGAGGCGGCAGAGCAAAGUGAAUGACAGGAACUGGUUUGGUACAGUGCAGUGGUGACAUUGGACUUCACCCUUGACGUCAGCAACAAGUGAUUUCCUCACCUGCGACCUCUGACCUUUAACUUCUCGGACAGGUUGUAUCUGACGGAGGGACCGGUGCCGUCGCUCCCAUCCCUGCGCUCCUUCAACAACAACACUGGUUCAUCAGCACCUGUGGCAGCAGCAGCGAGUCGAGUGACCCAGCUUCAGCCCGACCGGCUUUACCUGUACAUGGAGACCCCCAGCUGGGCAGGAAACACGUUGUGUAAGUCAGGAAGCAUUGCUGUCUUCGGGAACGUGGUAUACAGCGGACUGCUGAACGAUCACCUCUGGCAUUUGGGAGUGCCCCUCUUUACAAGACUGGGUAACCAAGAGGCCACCAACCCCCCAGAAGCGAUGGCCCAGCCGUACACCCCAGCCCAGUACCCACCUCCCCCACAGAAUGGCAUCCCCGCAGAGUUUGCGGCACCGCACCCGCUCCCGACACAGGACUACACCGGGCAGAGCCGGGUUCCUGAGCACGCCAUGACCCUCUACACGCCCACACAGACGCACAGCGAGCCGGCCGGCACUGACAACAGCACGCCCGCCAUCACCGCCACCACGACCGCACCGGUCAGUGUCCUUCAUCACCUGCAAACACUGUUCUCAACAGACUGUCAGCAAACAGAUGAUGUGACGCAAACAGAGGGCUCUCAGCAGCUCCAGCUCCAGCACUCAGACUCUUCAGAGAAGCAGCAGCCCAAAAGGUUACAUGUCUCCAACAUUCCCUUCCGCUUCCGGGACCCUGACCUAAGGCAAAUGUUUGGGCAAUUUGGAAAGAUUUUAGAUGUGGAGAUUAUCUUUAAUGAGCGAGGAUCCAAGGGCUUUGGGUUUGUAACUUUUGAAACAAGCACAGAUGCUGAUCGUGCACGGGAGAAACUAAACGGUACAAUCGUAGAGGGACGCAAAAUAGAGGUGAACAACGCAACAGCACGAGUGAUGACAAACAAAAAGGUGGCCAACCCUUACACGAAUGGGUGGAAGCUGAAUCCAGUGGUAGGAGCUGUCUAUGGUCCUGAACUGUAUGCCGUAACAGGGUUUCCCUACCCUGCCACAGGCGCUACGGUGGCCUAUAGGGGUGCCCACUUGCGAGGUCGGGGGCGGGCUGUGUACAACACGUUCCGCACAGCUCCACCGCCACCACCCAUCCCAGCUUACGGAGCGGUGGUGUACCAAGAUGGCUUCUAUGGUGCAGAGAUCUAUGGUGGCUAUGCAGCAUACAGAUUUGCCCAGCCCACCACCACCGCUGCUUACAGUGACAGCUAUGGCAGAGUCUAUGCAACAGCAGACCCCUACCACCACACGAUUGGCCCUGCCGCCACAUACAGUGUGGGGACUAUGGCUAGCCUAUACAGAGGAGGGUACAGUCGCUUCACUCCCUACUAAAAGAAAGAAAAAAAGCGAGAAAAGACAGAGACAUUACCCCAACAAACAAACAAACAAACAAAAAAAAAACAAUCUAAAAAAAAAAAAAAACACAAAACAAGCGAACACCCGGUCCUUGGUGGGGAGCUAAAUCAAACUAAAAGCUUCCAGGUCCCCAUGCUGAGCCCCUCCCCUGACACCCUCUCAAGCCGAUAUUUCUACAACAACCUUUUUGAUGUCAUCAUUGGUCUGCUCUUGUUUUGUAUUCAUUUUGUGCUUUUGGUUUUCUUUUGGAAAGUUUUAUGCACAUGUGCAUUAUCUCGAUUGCUGUAUAUGGGUGCUGUGUCACCAUAACCAAUGUGAGCCUACUGCAGCACGCAUGAUGCAUGCUCAGAGGUGUGUGUAUGCAGCCGCUGUCAUCUGACUAAGAAUAUACUGGGGCAUUUUUAUAGUACAUAUAUACACACGACAAACAGGAAACACACCAGGUCUGAUCAGGUCGACACUGAUCCAUCCCAGUGAAUUACAGUUCUAACCUCUAUUUUCCAUUUAACACGCAGAAAUAACGAGUCCAGACGCUGACGAACAUGCCUUGGUAAUUCUUAGGUCAAAGACGGCACUGCUCUGACUGCUUCUGUUUUUCCUUUAAACGUUGGAGUGUCCUACUGUUGUGCACUUGCAGUGGAGUCUUACAAGCUGUACUAUGUUGGUAUGACAGCAUGCAGAGUAAAAGGGUCACGAAGGUCAGAUUUUACGUCUUGGACUCACAAUGCUCAUGUUCCAGCCCAGUCUCCUGCAAACUGCUGUACAUUUAUAUGCAACCACUCUGCACUGGUGCUUACGUUUUGGGAGAAAUGUAACACUGGCUGUGUGACGUUCAGGGACACAGUUGUGUAAAGCCAAAGGUAAAUAUAGGGGACGAUUACUUUUACUAUAAGAGGUCUCUGACCACGUCCUUUAAGACUUUAUGAGGCUGCUCCAGGAGUGUUUUCAUUGGCUGAAUUCUAAUAGCGAGGAGACGCAACUUCAUGUUGUGGUGGAUUCAAAAAUAUUUUAGAGUGGGCUUUGUAGGUUUCGCAGAUUCUAAUAUUAUAGUUCUGUCUGACGUUUUUGUGUUAGCAGUUGUGUGUCGAUUAGAUUGUGUAGCUGUAGUUCGUGACGUCCUAUUGGAAGGUGUUUCAAAUAUUUUGUUCAUAACAAUAAAAUGCUGUGUAACAUAGUGACAAAGUACAGUCUCAGUAGAGAGUGUAGCCUGUACAUAACAUUUAUUACAAAUCUGUUUUACUAGAUUAGUGCACUUAGCCAGUGAACUGAAAAAAGAGUUUUUAUAAUUAACCAAUAAUUUAAGUCAAAUAUGAAGGAAAAUACCCAAAAGUUACUGGUUCCAGCUUUUCAAAGGGAGGAUGUGCUGCUUUUCACUGCUGUGUUUCACUGGAAAUUGAAUGUAUUUUUGGGUGUUGGACUGUUAGCUGGACAAAACAAGCUCUGGGAGUUUGUGAUGGACAGUUUUUACUAUUGUUUUAGUUGCAGCGCUGGACUAGAUUAUGCAUGGGUUCCUAUUUUUCUGCUCAGUCAGCAUACAGCAUGUUUCCCCCAAAACGUAAUCGGUGAAAUGCAGAAUAGUUGCACAUGAGUUUCAUUUGCAGAAGAUAACGGUUGCGUAUCCUCACUAAUACACCGCGGCAGAUAAACUGUCCCAAACAUCCACUCACACACACAGAGUCAUGACACAGCACUGAGGUGGGUGAACCGGACAGAGGGCUGUUCUGCUACAAGUCACUGGUCUCUUUUUUAAGCAUUGCACAAAAUGUUUUACCUCAGGAUAAGCUAACUGAAACUCACAAACUAGAAUACAGUGCUAUUCACUCCUCAGCAGGCAGGAUAGUUUCAUUUCUAACACAACCAGCAGGUUUGUCCUCUUUGCAACACGGCUUUCUAGAAGAGCUGAUUUUUGAUUUUUUGUUUAAGCAGAGACCCCAAGAGAGGAUGAUAAAACAAGACUGUACUGUUGUUCUUUAUUAAAGCUACUGUAUUAUAUAAAAAAUAUACAUAUAUAUGUGUAGACAUAAACUGUAUAACACAUUUUACACUGUAUACACACACAAGUACAGUAUGAUAUAUUCUAAAAGCACCCAGGAGUUAGGGGACACAAUGUAAAUGUGUAGAGUGCAGCAGUGCUCGCCUCUUAGUCGACACACAGUCGUUGCAUUGGCUUCUAUUACAACUUUGUGCUACGUGAGGUGGAUUGAAAAGAAAAUCUCUGUGUAGCUACACUUAGCUGUCAAGAUUUCAGUGCAGCUAUGGAAACUCAAAGCUAUUGCCAAUAAUAUUUAAUUUAUAUGUACUCACAAAAGUGUUUGUGGUCUCAAAAGAAAAAAAUCUGUUUGUUGCACUUUAUUUGUUUUUUUUCUUUGUUGUUGUUUUUUCAAAUCCUUUCUGAGAUGUAACAUAUUUAUAAAAGUAUCAUAUACAGCUAGUUAUGUUUAGUCGAGAUGUUAAAAUGCUAUAGAGUAAUGUUGUAUAUCAAAAAAGAAAAUGAACCCAUUAUCUCAUGAGUCAAAGAAAAUCUUUAUGUGGGUAAAGAAACAUUGUUCUUCCUUUUCUAUGCUAGUACGUACGCACCGUUUGGGGUUUUUAUAUGAGUCGAAAACAAACUUUGAAUAUUAUUUUUACCAUUUUCAAAGGGGAGAACUGGUUUGUGCAUUUGUAGGAGUUUCUCAUAUAAACUCUGCAGCAGAGUACAUGUGUGGGUGUUCAGUUAGUGACCACUAUUAGUAAGCUAGACUGGAAUGAAGUAGAUUUUUUUGUUUGUUUAUUUUCUGAUCUGAAUGUGUGUGCCUAUGUGCUCUCUAUAUAUAUAUGCAUUAGAAUGUGUGUGUUUGUGUGUGUAAGGGAGACGAGAGAAAGAGGAAGUGAAUGCAGUUUGCUAACAUACUGUAGUUUACAGUAAGCUAACAGUUUAACGUGACUUCACUCUGAGUCCCUGUAAUAACAUUACGAUAGUUUAACUCUGACCUCAGACCUAUCAGUGGCAGGAAAAUAAAAAACAAACACGGUCCAGCUUUUCCUCGUUUCAAGUGAUGAAGAGCUGCUUUGGCUUUUUUUGACCUGUUUGGUCUCUUUAACUAUCAUCAGAGCAGAACGUGCUAAUGUUUUAGCAUGCAGUGUGUAAAGGAAACAUAAAGAGGGGUGGGUUAGAAGUGAGAGUGAGAAAAAAUGUCAGGUUUGUUGAGAACUUCUGAAAAGUCUUUAAAAACAAUAUCAAAAUGGUGCUAUGUCAUUGUGGAUGGGAUAAGUACAGAGCCUGAGAGAUGCUCAUGGAGAAAGUAAAAGGAAUGAAAAAGACGUUCCUAAUUUUUUGGCCACCUUACACAUGUACUUAUAUGCAGCAUGUGGACGACUACAAGUUAUAGAAAACAUCUUAACAACAAAACCCAAAACAACAUCACCAUGAUUUUCAGUCUCAAACAUGACGGUAUUAAUGAUCUAAUCAGCUAAAUCAUCUGUCAGACAUUCAUCAGCUAAUUUAAAUGACUACUGUUGAUACUAAACUAAUACUAAUUAUUAAUUUGCGCUCUUGAAUGUAUCAUUUCUGCUCAUAGAUCUAUAAAAUGUAAUGUUAAAUUAAUGUGACGUGUUUUUUAACAGAUGUCAGAGAUGACUGAAUGUUCCACAGGUUAAAUCUGAAGUUAAUCACUUAUCUCCAAUCACAAUCAAAUUAUUCAGAUACUAAUUUAACACAAAAUACUAAUUAAUGUGCAAAAGAAUUAAUAAUGUGUUCUUGAUCGUAUGUAGAUACAACACCCAACUGUGCUGCUUGGCCUCUAAAUGAGACAAAGACAGUGACCCAUGAAUUCUCCCUCCAGUCUUCAGCAUAAGUAACUAAACAUUAACUUAGAUGAUUCAAAUUUAGAUUUUUGUCCCAUAAAACUGAAAUUUUACAGCGUAAAUUAAUCCCAGUGAUUCAUGCUGCUGUACUUGACUUGUACAGUACUGUAUGUUAAAGCAUUAGCACAUGUAACGGCAAUAAUCUGACCCUCUGGGGGCUCACAGUUUGUUUUUGCUGAGCAGGCGGACCGAUGGGACAAACUCAAAGCCAGUAGCCUUCACUCGUUUUCAUCUUUUUAACCUCGUCAGAAAAAUAACAGACAGCUGCAGUUUGAAUGUGCUUCCUGAUGUUAAAGACCUGCUGGUCAGCUGCUCGACUAAAGGCGGACACUACACAAAACCAAACAUGUUUACAGAUGCACCUUGUGCUUUAUCCCAAGAGAUAUCUCAUCAUGAGGUUUCGUAACAGACUCAUCCACACUCUGACACUUUCCUACUGUCAUGUUAUUACAGGGACGAGUUUGAGUGUUGUCACCUGGAAUUGCUCCUAUCAGUCUGCACGGGUUUGUCUACAGUUUACAGAAAAAGUUCAAAUUAGCGUUGUUUAACUGUUUCGGUGUCAGCUUAUCAAGGCUUAAAUGUUAAAGACAUAAACAUGUAAAUAACUCUGGUAGUCAGUAUUGUAGAGGUCUGAGCCGUUUUAUUAUGCUUACAGUUAGUCAAGAGUAAUUUAAAUGUGAAUUUAUAAAACAAACACUUUGAUAUUUUUUGGUUUCGUUUGCUUUUGUUGUAUUCCAUAACCAGCUUAAUAUGCAACCAGACCUCUAUUUGAUCCAAACAUCUGUUCGUACUUAUUAAUAGUAGUAUUGAGAUACGUUUACAUAUCAGCAGAAAAUACUCUUUAUCCAUCAUUUAUAUUUACUACAAGUAUUCACUAAGCCCUGAUAAGCUGGCAGGUGCAUUUAUUAAUCCACCUAAAAGAUUUGUACAAAAAAGAACCAAGCAAAAAAGUUACAGUACCUGUAAAUACAUUUAAAUGUAUAUACACACACACUAUAUCGCAAUUCUCUGAGUAACUGUUUUAUAUGUAUUCCUAUAUGAAGUGGGGUUAUCUGUGUAUUUUCAAUUCAGCUGAACUUGUUCUUGAAUUGUAUGUAAUUUCUAUAAUGAGAAUAUAUUGUCUGAAAGGUGUAAAGUAAUUUUCUUUUGGAUUAAUUUCAUAGGUAAAAGUAUACUAUUAUGACUUUUUUUUCUUUCUUCAUGAAUUCUUUUUGUUGUCAAUAUGUGACAUAAGUAAUCUCUGAUUGUUUUGAGUGUCAGAAUAAAGCAGUUAUAAGACGAUUA